GCGCGGCCCGAGCUGCAGUUCCUGCUUCGGCUAAUCGAGUUGGUGGGAAGUAGUUUGUGUCUGCAGAUCAUUUUGUUCUACUGCUACUAAUGUUCUACGCCUGAAAGAUCUUACCCGGGCGAAGCCGAUGGGCCCUGCGAAGAGCUGUAGUGAAGAAAAAAUUCUCGCCAGAAGCAGUACCGUUCUUGGAAAUCGAUAGUCAAUUCGUGAUGUAAAGGUGAAGAUGCAAGGACUUCUGAACAUGAAAUCGGAGUAGGCAUUGCUAUGCGACUGCAACAUCGUACUCUGUAGCAGUACAGCUGCUAGAAUUUAGUACUUAAUGUUGACAACUUUCGGGACAGUACACCAGUAAGUUUUAGCGAAAUUUUGAACUAGGGAGGUCACCACUUCGUUUUUGACAUUUUCGAGGAGUAUUUGUCACACUAAUGUAGUCCGUUUCGAAGUAGUUGAUUGUAGUUGUAGGUCUGACUCAGGUAAUAACACGAGGACGCUUUCGCUCUUUGGCACUAAACGUACACUAGUCAGCACUAGAAAUGAAAGUUGUCAAAGAAGUUUGUUUUCAACACGACGCAUAUGUGCUUACUACUAAGCGUCAGCGAGGGCGACGUUGCCCCAGCUGCAGUACAUGAUAUGCUGCUUUCCCCGCAACAACUUCAGGCCGGCAUGAAGACUGCCGGAGAUGGUGGGACCGCAACGACACGGGAAAAAACGAGGUAGAAAGCGAAGAUGCGGCGCUGCCCGGGACAAGAGUGUAGUGUGGCGCUGGUAUCGACAUUAUGGUGAUACUUCUACCCCGUACAACCGCCUGAGAGCAGCGGCGGGGUGAAGUGAGGAGAAGGGCUACUGUCGGAUUAUAAUAGUAGUAAACGGAAGAAAAUCCCCCCUCAGGCGAAAGAUGUACCUGGCGCAGUUGCACGUGGCGACGGAAGACCCGACGAAGGGCGUGAUCCGGGCGGAUUUUAAACCGAACAAUUCCACCCCCCACCAGCACCCGCACUAUGCGCAGCGCGUGACCUCGCAGGGCCUGCAGAGCCAGCUGGCGCACUGGCGCAAGGGGCUGCUGGACCGCGUCGCCGCCAACGAACCCCGAUUGGUGCACCUGGAAGAAGUUGACCUGUCGAAGCAGCAGAUCGGGAACCAGGGCUUCGAUGCGCUUCUCUGCUUUCUGCGCGAGUUCACCAUCUCGGUCAAGGUGCUCAAAUUCUACCGGAAUCAACUCGCGGACGCCGCCAUGGACGCCUUGGUGGACUACCUGCAGGCGGUCCGGUCGCCCGUGCACGAGAUUCACCUAUCGGACAACUACAUCACGGAAUUCGGGCUCCGUUCCGUGCUCCGUGCCAUCGCGGUGCUGCCCUGGUACCCGCGCGUCACGUUCCGCACGAAUCACGCCCUCGCGAGUGGUCACUACAACCAGACGGAGAUCUGUGUGCAGUCGUUGUAUUUGCGCGUGAACGGCAACAUGAUCGACGUCCACCGGUUCGACGAGAAGCUGCACGACAAGCUCCGCGAGGUGCGCAACCGCACGGUGCCCAACUGGUCCGCGCGGACGAAGCGCGUCCCGCCGUCCUGGAGCCUGGACCAGUGGGGGAACUACCGGAAGGAGGGGCAGUGGCACCUGGAAAAGGCGGACGUGUAUCGUGCGGAAAAAUCCCCCCUCCCCAUAUUGAAAGUGCAUCCUUCUGAAAAUCUAUGAUGCAGAUUUGUGACCACAAAUCCUGUCUGUCUUGCAUGAAGGCAAAUCCACAGAAUCCGCCGCAUUAUGCAGGCGGUUUGUGAUGCUGUUGGGCCUACACCCUCGACGUUUUUGUUUUUCAUGCUAGGAGCCUACGCCAAAACCUCUCGGCUCAGGCUUGGCAUAUGCCUGCAGUCCUCUACUGCAAGAGACAUCUGAUUUGUGUACUGAAAUCCAGCAUCAGACACUUCUUUUCGAUAUGGGGCGGGGGGAUUUUUCCUUUUGAUAACGUGUUUCGCAUCGUCAGCGACCGGGACACCUCGUUCCAGAACAACAAGCGGCGGUACCUGCUGAAAGACCUCGGGUUUGCCCACGGCGACUUCGACUACGCGCAGGCGCUGCAGAAACUCCCGCAGGACAUUCCGAUGGUGAUUCUGUUCCAACUGGAGCACCAAUGGGACCGGCUGAAACUGGACAACAUCCCGCUCGGUGCCGGGGAACUCCGGUUGCCGGAUGACACAAAGAAGGCUGCUGGUCCCGUUGCGACUCCUGCAGGCAGUUCUUCCUCUGGAGUGGGUGGAGUCGUGGGGAGCAGUGGUAAAGGCGGGGAUCUUCAUCAGCAUCUUCGUCCGGGGCGGAAGGAAAGCAGUAGUAUAGAAGCGCAGCAGCUGCCCGGGGCGGGUGCACCAGUAGUAAAUCGAAAUUUGGUAGUUGCUUCCGCCGUACCCUCCGGAAAAGGAGGCUCGAACGCCACACAGCCCGUCUGGUCCCCGUUGCAAACUUCCGCAAGUGCUUUUUCCGCAGCGCCGUCACCUUUCGCUUGGACGUCUUUGCAGCCAAUAACGACGGGUAGAAGCACUAAUCCUCAUGUUCAGAUGUCGUCUUCGCAGCCGCGGACGACGACGAAAGAACUGACACGGGAGAAAGUUGCAACUUUUUCGGUCAACAUCGAGCCUGAUAUUGUGUGGCACUUUCGCGGUGACACGGGAAAAGGCGAAAAUGACGCUGCUCCUGAUGCAAGUGCCAAUAUCAAGAAGAAUACAGGCAGCUCUAGUUGUGCUACUUCAACAUCCGCCGGACAAGACGGACAACGCCGACAGCUAUCAUACAGUGCGGGGUUGUUCGCGCGGCCCGAGGAAAGUAAAGAUGUUGAAACGUCGGCCGCCGCCAUAUUAAAGGGCGUCUAUCAAGAGAGCGGGCAUCGAACCAGCAGUCUGAGCACUGAUCUGACCAGCAGUCACACAACUACAACGACGCCGGGGUCCUCUUUCCUGACCGCCCAAAUUUCGGCCGCGUCUUUUGUCCCGGGGAGUUCCUCCCAUCCUGUUGCAGGAACAACAACAAGCAGAGGUUCUUCUUCCUCUUCUUCGGGAGGAGUAGACCGAAAGAACGCUUUCGGCAGUUACCCAGAUGUGAUAGCUUCGCCACAGCAGACGUCGUUCAUGCCUGGGCCGCGAGCGGAGAAUCGUCGAGACAUGAGGUUGCACAGUGGCGGUUCGCAUGCGCAAGGACAAAACGAUCGAUGGCCCCAGGGCGAGGGUGCAGCGGCGUUUUAUUCGACCCAGGGCUAUGAUAAUUCCUCUGGGACGGCGGGAGGUUACGGGGUCACAAGUACUGCCAUCUCCUCUGGCGCCCAACACUACGAAUUACCAUACGUGUCCUCGCAACAAAAUUUGCAGCAGCAACAACACCAGCAGCAAUCGCAGUAUUGGUCCUCCUGGGGAACUACAACAUCAUCACAGCCUCCUCAUGCAGAACAAGCAGCAAAUGCAAAUCGAAAUCUCUCGCAGCAGACGGCCAGUACGGUUGCACUAGCAGCUGGAGAAGCAGCUCCUUCGACAGCGAGCUUUGCCUCCUCAGCGCAGCAGCAGCAGCAGCAGCCGCAGCUUUUGGGAAGUAGAACGUCGCACGGAGCAGAGCAACUGGGUAUACAACCGUCCCUGCGGCAGAAUUUGCAUUCGGCCUUUCACCAACCGCACACGUCAAGUGCUAGUGCCAGCAGUAAUACAACUGGACGAGAAGGCACAUCUUCAAGGUUGUUCUAUGACCAGAACGGGAACAAGCGCUUCGCAGCGACGGGGCCAAACCCACAUCAAUUUUUGCAGCAGCGACACGACGACCUCGGUCAGGAGGAACAACAGCACUCACAAUCGCAGCAGCAUUCUUUGUUCUCCGAUAUGAUGAAGCGAAUGGAGGGUCGGGAUAAACAAAGGUAUCAAGUAGAACAACAGCAGGGCAAAUUACACGCAUCGACCUCAGGUACUACGACCUCUGCGCAUUCCACGCAACAGAGAAAUGAUAGUAAAGCGACAGAUCAGAAUUAUACAAGAGGACAGAAUAUGAAAGCCACCCAGGGUCGUCUCACAAAACCUGCACAGAGUAGUUCUUGCAACGACACUGGGAGCAGCCGCUCUAUUAUUCUUCCGGCAGGACUACAUCAGCAGAACAGGACACCGCAUUCGAAAGUUCCGUCCUUCCUCGAUAAGCGCGAAAAAUUUCCCUGCACGGCGGAGCUGCGGGUGUUGAGCGACGGCAAUCUGCUGGACUUUGCGGACGACCUGCACUAUUUUGGCGACAGCCUUUUCGCCAUGGAUCGAAUCCACAAAAAACACCACAGCACCCCCUUCACAUCACACGACUUCAUCCCACGGCACGAAGAUUAUGAAAAAGCGCCAAAUUAUAACCUACAGAGAUUGCAAAGCGAGCGACAAUUAUACCGCGAGAGGAUCAUGCGGUUGCAGGUUCUUGACCAGGAGAUGGAGAAACUUUACUCUUUUGAGUACGACGAGAAACAGGUGCUGAAAGCGUUAAUCAAGCAAGAUUACGGCGAAGACUUGUCCGCUCGGAAACUUGCAAAUGUCGUGUCCGAUUUUCAUCGCUUCAGCCCGCAGUUGCUAAAAAGCCUUGGACAGCGGAAAGACUUGCUGUUGCUAGCGAGAAAACUGGACGGGAAUGCCGUCCGGGUCACACGGAAAAUGGUCGUGGAAGGACAAGCGAGUAGUUUCUGGAGGGACUACGACGCGGAGCUUUUUGGCGAUGACUUCGACGAGACGGAGCCCGAUUUUCUGCUGGAGGCCUUUACUUGUUUGGCGCUCGGAGAAAAGUUUCCGACGGCAGAUGAUGAAAAAGGCCCGAAACGCGGACAGAAGCCGCAGAAACAAGCAGAAAUAGAUCAUAAGGGCAAGGAAGCUUUUGGUGAGAAAGAAUCGGGACAAGAAUCUUCAGCGUGCCUUCAAGUUGUCGACGAUUUGUGCAGCUCGUCCAAAAACGACAAACCAAAUUUCUGUGCGGCCCGGGGCAAGGAAGAAAAUGAUCCUGCGAAGAACGAAGAGGAAGCACCGCUUGCUCAGGAAGUAGCAGAUGCUUCACCAAAAGCAGACGAGCGCUUUAUUUCCGGUUCUGGUCACGACAAGAAAAGAGAAACACAAACAGAGGAAGAAGCAACACCACAGGAGCCAGCUGCCCCUCCUCCAAAGAGCGUGGAAGUAGACCAGCGGAACCGCGAGACGCUGCACUACUUGAAAAUGCAACUGCCCGAAGAGUUUGCGGCGGAGGUCAAAGAGCAGGAAGAACAAGCGGCGGCAGGGAACGGAGAGGAGGAGGAACGGCCGAGGAAUUGGUCGUAUUGAUGAGAGAUGUACCAGCCAGACUUCGACUCCAGCAAAUAUACAAAUCGACGCAGAUUUCUAUUCCUAAUACUAAUUUUCAGAAGGCCAAUUGAUGUUGUGUACGACACUGAAGACCGGAGCGACUGUGUUUUUGGCCCAAGCGGAGGUGAAUUUGUGCGCGUUCGCCGUUACAGGAUAAGGAUUGUGCAUUUUCUGCUUCCUUUGCCAAGCACGAAUUCAUCGUCCACACAAGAAAAUGAUGUCUCUCGACAGCUGUCCUGUCCCUGUCGCCUCCAAUGAAGGUGGAUUUACCUGUCGUGAAAUGAAAACAUAGAGGACGGGCACAAAGUCAAAGUGCUCCUCGCGUUUAUUGCGCAAUCUGUAUAAUGGGAGCUUGUUCAACAU